UGGCGGAUGUCCCCCUCACCUGUGGAAUGGCCCAGUCCGGUCUUUGCACGCGGCAGGUGACACCCAUUUGGGACACCCUGCAGGUGAGACUGAGUGUUGUUCGACGGACACCGAGGCAGGAGCUCUUCCGUAUGGUGCGCCCGCAAGAGCCGCAGCUCCUGUGUCUACGGGGUGGUCCAGAGUGAAACCCUUGGCGGCCAAGCACCCACAAGAACGGCCAAAGAAAGGGGUUGCCUGGAUUGCUUCGGCCAAGCAUGUGGAUGAUUUUUGGGAUGCUGAUGGGAGGACACCGGGAUGGGUGGCGCGUGAUGCCCCGCAGUGGGUGGGCUGGCCUCGUUUCAAAGGCCGAAUAUAGUCCAAGUGUUGUGUUGUCUGGUUUUUCUCUAUCCCCCACUGACCGGCCCGCUAAUCAAAAGUCGAAGGAAAAAGUCUCUAUCCUGCUAGGGAAGGAUGUUGCACAUCUCCCGUGGUCGCCCCGCUUUGGCCCCUUCUCGGCUCUUCGUCCAAAAGGGGGGGGGCGGACCGCGCGCGGGCGUCGCGUGCGGGCGCGUCGCGCCCGGCUCCGUUAGCAAUGAAGAUGGUGCGUGGGCUGCUGAUUGCCUGCUUUGUGGCACAGGCGCGUGGCCUCGUCGCACGGGAGCAUGAGACCCCUCAGGUCCUUCAGGUGCCUGCUCCAUCACCAGAGGCUGCCACAAAGGUGGCGCCCACCUAUGCACCAGCUCCAGUGAAGAUGCCGUUGAUCACCAGGAUCUUGGAGCCGCUGCUGGGAAAGCAGGUGGCCGGCAUGGAUCAACACGGUUGGUGGGUGGUCAUGCGCACGGCCAUCGGCUGGGCGGUGCUCCUCUACGGAAUUUGGAUGUGGACUUGGUGGUUGCCAUCCCUCUACUUCCGCAUGCACGACGCUUAUCAGAAGGAGAACAUCGACGGGCGGACCUUCAAGCAGUACCUCACCUACCAUUUCAACUAUUGGAUGGCGUCAGGCGGUAUUUCAGCGAUGUUUCAACUGCUGGUCAUCGGCAUUCUGACCUUGUUGACUCUGGGUGCCUUCAUCUACGCAAUCAUGAUGCAGGACUCGCCCGUGCGGGGCCUGUGGCUCUGCACCGUCUGGGCUUCGGCCGCGUCGGUGGACCCGGCCGUGACCGCCAUGGAAGGCGGCGUGGGGAUGAUCGCCACUUUCGGCGGCCUGGUGCUGCUGGCCGUGCUGCUGACGACCAUCUCGGACUUCUUUGCGGAGCAGCAGCGGAAGUCCAACGAGGGCCGCGAUCCCAUCGUGGAGGGUGGACAUUUGGUGCUGCUCGGGCUGUCCUCGCAGACCAAGCAGUUCCUGGAGGAGCUGGCGAUCUGCGAGGCGAGCAGCGCGCCGACCACGGUGGCGAUUUUGCACACGUUGCCCAAGUCCGAGAUCGAGCAAGAGAUCAAGAGGCAGAACACCAACACGGGCGAUUUGAAGAUCGUGUGCCGCAGUGGUCUGCCGUCCUCUGCGUCGGACCUUUGGAAAGUGGGCGCCGAUGUCUGUAGCAGGAUCGUGAUCCUGGACGAGCCGGCGCUGCCGCGGGACGAGGCGGAUGCCAUCACCUUCGGGACCUUGUUGACCCUCCGAGGCCAGGGAGCUUGUGGCUGGCCACAUGGUGGGCAUAUCGCAGUACAGUGCUGCCUGGGAAAGAACGUCACGUUCAUGAACGACCUUUAUCCAGGCAAGACCUUUGUCCUGAGUGGCGAACGCCUCGGACGGCUCAUGGUGCAAAGUGCUCAAGACCAGGGGCUCUGCCCCAUCUUCAACGCGAUCAUCGGCUUCGAGGGCGACGAGUUCUACUCGGCCAGCGCGGAGAGCUUGAAUUUAGCGGGCAAGCUCUUCCAGGAGGCGCCCUUCUGGUGUGAGCAGACGGUGCCCAUCGGCAUCCGCGACAGUGGUGGGGCCUACCACAUCAACCCGGAGAAGUCCUAUGAGAUCAAAGAGGACGAUGAGGUGAUUCUCCUGGCCGAGGACGACGACGCCCUGCAGCCGUUGUCGAAGCCGCUGAUGGACUUCGAAGCGUGGAAGAUGAAGUUUGGCUCCGCCACCUUCGAGGAGUCCGACCCCAACGACAACGAAGUGGUGCAGGUGCUGAUUUGCAACUUCACCGAACGAGGAUAUGGUUGUGCCAUCCUCUUGGCGUUGGAUGAGAUGUGUGGAGCUGGAUCUGAGUGUGACAUCUACUGCUCGCUGUCAGAAGAUGAGGUGAUCUCAAUCAUCAAGAACGCGGAGGAGGAAGCCGAUAGGACCUUGAAGAACAUCAAGGUGCGGAAGAUCUUCACAGUUCCGCAGCAUCAGAUGACCUCGCGACACAAGAUCAACGUGAUGCCGCUGCAGGACUAUGACUUCAACUUCGUCCUGGCCGAUGCGGCUUUGGGCUUUCAAAAGGCCGAUGAGCAGACCGUGGCGAUGAUCAUUCAGAUGAAGAGCUUGAUCCAGGAGAGCUUCCCUGAGCACAAGUUCGAGCCUUUGGUGGAGGUCUGCACCCCGAACGCCACUCUGCAACUGGAACUCUGUGGCAUCCAGAACACCAUCAAUACGAUCUCGAUGAUGUCCAAAGCUAUGGCCUUGGUGGCGAUCGACACACUGGCGCAUGGUGUGCUUUCGGACUUGCUCUCGGCCACAGGGAACAACAUGGACAUCAUGUACUUGAAGGACUACUUGGGAACUCAGCCGCUCCCGCAGCAGAUCACCUUCGUGGAGAUCGCGGCCAUUGUGAACCGCGCGGCGCAGCAGGUGGUGAUCGGCUGGUCGGAGAGCAAUGAGCAGGGGGAGAAGGUCUGGGUGGUGAACCCGAAGAACAAGCUGCUCCCGAGACCUUGGAGCGCGGAGGACAAGAUCGUGGUCAUCAAGGACGUGUGAGCAGCUGGAACGGCCACUGCUCCAUCCAAGCGCUCCUUUUCCGUCAUCCGAAAAAAGCGGCCGGACGCGUGCCGAAGAUCCUCCGGCUGUUCGCCUCGUCAAAAAGGGGGGGCAGCGUGUGCAGUGGGCUGAGGAUGAGGAGGUGAGGAGGUGGCCAAAGGAAGCACAGUCCGGAAGGCCGUGCCAAGCAAUGGCACCACUAUCGGUCCCUCGUCCAUGCUCCCUCAUGGCAGCAGAUAGG